AUGCUCCAUUUGAGCAUCUCCUACAAUCAACCUAAACUUUGUGCAAAUGCAUCGUGGAAUUCCACAGCAAUAACGUUCGCGAACAGCACUGUAGUUGGUACAGGUCCCACUGGUAUUUUUGUCGAUUCAAAUAAUACCGUCUAUGUUGCUGAUCGAUUAAAUAAUCGGAUCCAAGUAUGGCUUAACGGCAAUAUGACACCCUCAAGAACUAUCUCUGGUGGUUUGUACGCAUCUUAUAGCCUUUUUGCUACAGACAAUGGUGAUAUUUAUGUCGAUAAUGCCUAUUCAAAUAUGCGAGUAGACAAAUGGGGAACAAAUUCAAAUAGUAGUGUUCCGGCGAUGUAUGUUUGUCCACAAUGCACUGGUGUUUUCGUCGAUAUCAAUAAUAUGCUCUACUGUUCAGUGUAUAAUUAUCAUCAAAUUGUCUCACAAUCAUUGGAUAAAAGUCUAAAUAUGUUGAGCAUUGUCGCUGGUACAGGUACUGCUGGAGCAACAUCGUUAACACUUAAUUCUCCUCGCGGGAUCUUUGUCGAUACUAAUCUUAGUUUAUAUGUGGCUGAUGGUAACAAUAAUAGAAUUCAAAAAUUUAUGUCAGGACAACUGAAUGGAACAACAAUACCAACAGGAACCAUCACAUUGAGUAUGCCGUCUGCAGUUGUUCUUGAUGCUGAUGGAUAUCUCUUCAUUUCUGAUUUGUAUAAUAAUCGUCUUAUUGGCUCAGGAUCUUACGGCUUUCGAUGUAUAGCUGGAUGUUCUGGACCAGGAUCGCAAUCGAAUCAGUUAAGUGCGCCAACAAUACUUAGUUUUGAUAGUUAUGGAAACAUAUUUGUCAGUGAUUACAACAAUAAUAGAAUUCAAAAAUUUCUCCUGAUUACAAAUUCAUGUAAUGGAACGACAGCUGUUACAACUAUAUCUACCGUAACUUCAACCAAUACUACUUUGACAACUGCAUCAUCUUCAAAACGUACGUAA